GUGUGUGUUUGUGUGAGUGUGUGUUAGUGAUGAGGACCAUUGCCACUCUGCUCUCUCUCUGGUUUUUGGUUAACACUGGCAUCAAUGCUGCUCAAACAGGUUCAAAAUGUGGGAUUCCUCAGGUGUGGAGCCCGAUGGUUCACUCUAUGAGGAUUGUCGGUGGGGCCGAGGCCACAUACGGAUCACAUCCAUGGCUAGUUUCCUUGCAGAACAAGGACUCUCAUUUCUGUGGAGGGGCAAUCCUGAAUGAUCGCUGGAUAAUGACCGCUGCACACUGCUUUGCAUCCCUCUCAAAAGAGUUUCUCAGUGGUUUGAGAGUGGUGGUUGGAGAGUUUGACCAGAGAAUAAAAGAUGAAGAGGAGCAGGUCUUUCUCAUCAAGUCUGUCUCAGUCCACGAAAGGUACCAUCAUGCGUUGCCUAUGAGCUAUGACAUAGCACUGAUGGAGUUGGAACAGCACAUUCGCCUGGGACCCCGAGUCCAGCCAAUAUGUCUGCCUCUGCCCAAUGACAGCAUUCAACCUGAAACCAGAUGCAGUGUGGCUGGAUGGGGCAGGAUGAAGGAAAAGGGUCGUCUUCCUGCGGUGCUGAGAGAGGUCCAGUUAGACUUGCUGGACCCAGCCAAAUGUAAAUAUGUCCUCCAGACUGUCAAAAGUUCAAUUCUUAACCAGAGACAAGCUAGACUUCAGCCAGCCAUGACAGUCCUGUGUGCCGGGCCAGAUAAAGGAGGGAAAGAUGCAUGCCAGGGGGACUCAGGGGGUCCGCUGGUAUGUCCGGCAGGUUCAGGCGGCGGUCAUUGGGUAGUGCUGGGUGUAACUUCCUGGGGGAAGGGAUGUGGUCGGAGCUGGGGAAACAACAGCAGCCGCGCCCCUUCCAGGAGAGGAUCUCCCGGGGUUUUUACUGAUGUCAGGCUGCUGCUGCCCUGGAUAAAGCGUAAACUGAGAGAGGCUGAUGAUCAGCAGCUAGCUGAUGAGCAGCAGCAAGCAACAACUUCAUCAAAACUCUGCAGCGUGAGAGAUGGGCAUGUAACUGCCAGUAAGGGAGUAUUCAGAAACCCCGCUCUCCCUGGGGAUCACUAUGACAACAACCAGUUGUGUGUGUGGAGCAUCAGUGUUCCUCCAGGUUAUAGUAUUCUUUUGGAGUUUGAUUAUUUUGAUCUGGAAAAUGACCUUCAGUGUCGCUAUGAUCGACUCACUGUCUCAGUAGGGACCCAUAGGCCUGUUGGGAUCUUCUGUGGAAGUGUCCUUCCUGGCCCAGUGCUCCUGAAUAAUUCCCAGUAUGCAACACUUCUCUUCUCCUCUGACAUUAACAGAGCAAGAAGUGGCUUUGUCAUUAGGCAUCGAGCUGUCCAGGGACACUAUAAUCUUGGAUGCGGGACAGUUGUUCUAGUUGAGGAUCAGACUGCCCUACAUAGUCCAAAUUACCCACAAUUCUACAAUAAUGACUGUGUCCUCCGCUGGGUUGUCUAUGCUCCACAGGGGCACGUUGUUAAGCUAGACUUUGCUGAUUUUUACCUGGAAGAGUCAGACGGAUGCUUGUAUGAUUCCCUCACUAUCCUGGGAGAUGUGGAAGGAACAGAGGAGAUUGUGGUGCUGUGUGGUGGCAGUAUUCCUCCUUCUGUCCUGUCCUACCACAGUGUCAUGGUGCUUCAGUUCUCGUCAGACAGCAGCAUCACACGUAGGGGCUUCAGUGCUACACUGACAUUCAUCAGCCGUACAGAACUUCAUGAUCAGGACACAGGUGUGGAGAGUCAAAGAGAGGGUCUUAGAGAUCACCAAGAUGUUUUGGCAGCUAACCAGCGAUACGUAACAUCAUAUGUUAAUUUGGAUGCAGAAGACCCAGUUGUGCAGCAGUCCAGCAACAGAGACCUGUCCUACCAGGGUGAUGUGGACCAUAAGAUAUCAAAGGGUCCCAGACUGCAUAUGGACAAAGGCUCAGAUGAUGAAGACUACAGCGGAGAGUACUCAAGGAGUGGGAAGUAACCAACUA